CGUUAAAACACGAACAAAACUAAACGAACGGCCACAACCGGAAGCAUGAAAUUUUAGCCUUUGUGUGUUUUCAUGGACAAACAUUCGUUAUAUUGAUCAGUUCGGUGUUUAUUUUACAUUAGAAUACUAACACGGGGAAUUAAGCGAGCUAGAUUUGAAUAAAUAUUACUUAUUGAAAUGUUAAAACAAAAAAGCGAUUAGGCUACAUUAAUUUUGCUAGACUGGUCGACUAGCUAGAUAACUUGGUACAGACUGUCGAUGUUAGAUUUUUUCUGCGAUUGUCGUUUGCUCAUUUUCUUGAAAAUUGAAGUGCAAAAUGGUAUUUAUCGUCCAGUUAGCUCGCUAAUAACGGUUCCAAAGCCGGAAUUUAAGAGUAAUUUACUACGCGUCCGCUAAGGUUCAGAUAACGCUACUAAUUAACCAUAAUCACCCGCGCUAACAAUUUAGGCAACUUAUCUAGCCAACUUUAGCAAGCUUGACAGGUUCACAGUUAUUGUUCUGUAAACGUAGCACGUUAGCUACAAAUUGCUUAGCUAAAAGUUAGCUACAAAUUGACCAUUACCUAGGUGGGUUAUCUAUGAGCUAUAUAGCUAGUCCUGGCAAGUUAACGUUAUACAUAUCGUCAGUCUGAGUGACGAGUGAGAAGGGACAAUGUAUGCGCCACCGGGAUCUGCUCUCCCUGUGAGUCGGCGAAGGCGAGGACCUGGAGGAAGCGCUCUGCCUAAACAGCCAGAGCGAAGCCUGGCAUCUGCGCUGCCCGGAGCAUUGUCUAUUACUGCCCUGUGCACGGCCCUAGCCGAACCAGCCUGGCUCAGGGUUCAUGGAGGAACCUGCCCCAGACAGGAGCUCGGAGUAGCAGACGUCCUGGGUUAUGUCGAUCCAAAACUCCUCGAAGAUUACUGUGUGAACCCUCAGACCAUCCUUCUCCUGCGGGUUAUUGCUGCCUUCUGCUUCUUGGGCAUCCUGUGCAGUCUAACUGCCUUCCUGCUGGAUGUCUUUGGCCCAAAGCACCCUGCCCUGAAGAUCACCCGCCGAUACGCCUUUGCACACAUCCUCACCGUCCUUCAGUGUGCCACGGUCAUUGGGUUCUGCUACUGGGCUUCGGAACUGAUCCUGUCCCUGCAACAGCAGCACAAAAAGUACCAUGGCUCUUUUAUUUAUGUCACCUUUGCCAUAAGCUUUUAUCUUGUGGCUGGAGCAGGUGGCGCCUCCAUUCUAGCCACGGCUGCUAACCUGCUGCGCCAUUAUCCUACUGAAGAGGAGGAACAAGCCCUGGAAUUGCUGUCUGAAAUGGAAGAAAGCAGUGAAACCUAUCCAGCUGAAUAUGACAUAGCCAACCAGUUCCAGCCACCCCCUGCAUACACCCCUUAGUAGGCUGUGUCUCUUCUUCUGUAAAUAAUUAAUACUGCUAUGGGCAUCACAGAAAACAAAUAACAAACAAAACACACCUAAUAAAAAUACCGAAACACACAUACAGCAACAUCCUAUCCACCAUAAGUACGUCAUGCUUGAGCUCCUGGUGACCUUUCAGCAUUUAAAUGAGUUUAUACUAUGUUAAAUGAUUGUUAUUCUUCCUAUAUUUGAAUGUAUUUUUUAUUUUUUGUUCACACAUUAUGUGAGAUGAUAAUUUUCAUUCAAUUUAACAGUUAUGCUAUUAGAAAAGUAGUAACACUUGUCAGUUUCUUAUUCCCAAGAUUUUCCUGUUUUAUUGAUUUUUUUCCCCCUGCCUUUCUCCCUAUGUUUCACUGAUGCCACUGCAGUAUGUUUGUAUAACGGACCUAGAAAGGAAUUCAAUUUAAGGAUCAUAAAUUGCAGUGGGUAGUGAGUUAAGUGUAGAUGUGGGUUUCUCAUUACCUCAUUCUUUGGAGCUUGUCAUUGACUUUUGAAACAAGCAAGCUAUUUCACACGCUGUUCUGGAGACUUCACAUGUGGCACUUAAGUAAUGAACAGUGAAGCCUCAUACUAAGCCCUGUGGUUUUCUGGGUACUUGGUUGAAUGCGUAAUUGUUGGAGGCCUGAUUCUAAGGUAUCACUUUCCAAAUAUGGUUGUAUCGUACAGCAUGUUAUAUUUUAAAAUACAAUUAAUUUAGAAUAACAGUGGUAGCUAUGAUGUUUUUUCUUUUGAAAAGUGGUCAACAUUAAUAUUACUACAGAUGCUCCAUUCUGGGUCUUGUAUACAAUUGAAAAAUACAGUCUAACUUGGUGAAAAACAGAUAUUGACCAUGAAAGCAAAGCUCUCAUCCAUAAUAAACAUAAUAGGUAACUAACAUGUACUUUGUUUCUCAAAAGCGACAAUUUUUACAACUGGCUUAUGCAUGUGGCACUGCUUCUGUAUCCUAGUAAGAAUACAUAGCCCUGAAAAAAAUUAAAUAAAAAUGUUGCCAUUUUGUUAUACAUUUUCUAAGUUUUUUUUUGUGGAAAUGAACAGAUAAUGUAGAUUGGCCAAUUAUUGUACAUUAUUUGCCUUUAAACCAGCAUGAGUCAUGUUCACAGGUUUUCCCCCUUUUUGAUUCUGUUGUUUGUGUGUUGUUAUAUUAACUGAAAUGCUUUUGUAAAUCUUGGCUGUAUAGGUAGUAUUGCCAAAAUCCUCUUUUGUUCUUGGUCCUGUGAUUAUCCAUUUGACUUUUCUUUGGUCAUUGUGAUAUUUGUCAGUUAAUAUUCAGAAGCUAGUCCUGAUGUGGAAAUUUAAAUGUCAUUUUGGCUAAGUUUCAUGCAAUCAAAACAAUGAACUAUAUGAAUUUUCUGGGAAA